GAGGAAAGCACGCGAACAAGAAUUACUGGACUGUAGUGUCGAUUUCUCGAUGCCGUGUCACUCGAAGAGUCCAUUGCAGUUCGCAACGAAGCACUGAGAGAACUAGAAGAGAAACUUGAUGAUCGGAAACAACUUGCUGUGGUUGAUAAGAAGACAUUAGGAGAAGAGUGUGCAAGAGUCUCGCGUCAUAUAGUUGAGACCAAGAUACAUGAGGACAUGGUCAAGGGUGCCGAAGCCUUGUUUAUAUCUCGCGAAAGAGCGCACAAGAAGAUUAGAGAUGAGUUCCAAGUCAGAGAAGCUCUGAUCAAAGAAAGAGAAGCUGCCAUCGACCCCAGGAAAGAUAAUGCUAGGCAAAAUCAUUUUGCAAAGUUCAGUCCCACAGGUCUGCUUUGCAAGGCUCAACAGUUUGUCAAGGCAGAGCAAGCAAAGCUCAACUCAGGAAUGAUGGUCCGCGAAUUAGCAGUUCUGGAACGUGAGCAGAAAAUGGCAGCUUUGGAGGCAGCUUUGAAGUUGGAACGGGAGAUGAUUCGGACUAGAUUCAGAGAGACUGAGGAGAUGAAGCAACGUGCGGAUGCAAGCCAAGCCGAGGUGAAAAAUCAAAGAACCGCGUUGUAUAUCGAGGAAAAGAAAAAGUGAGAGAAGGCAAAAAAAUAGCAGUAAGCACAAUCCCCAACAUCCCCCAAACUUCCUCCAACAGACCCUCAUCGCUACACACUUCCCACCCUUCCACACUCUUAAAUACUUCCCUGUCUUCCGCCUCGUCUACUCCUCAUUACAAAUCGACUUAUAAACACACACACACACACACACAGCUAUAUACAUGUACAACACACUCAUAAAUUGUUCUUCGCUUGACCUUUUAUUCUCCAUUUCUUCUCACGCCUCUGUCCCUGUUACCCCUCGAUCCCCUCACUCUCCCCAACCGCCUUUAUAAAAUUCACAUUCAUUCACAUCCAAAUCUUAAUCCAUCUCCAAAUCCA